AUGGCAGCUCAGUAUGCGGCUUCAGGUUCAGAAUUCUGGAGUAUCUUUGCUCCUCGCUACCCAACCAAGGAGGAGUUGAAACAACCAGAGUGUCUGCUGGUGGAUGACAUCUUCCAAUGGAAACAUGCGUUGACCAAUGGCCAUCAGGAAGAUCAUUCUGCGCUACCUUUCAGCGGGGCCGUUGCAACAAAUGGCGUCAAGUUGUCUCAAGUCAAUGGAGCUGUAGCUUCAGGAAUACCAUCAGCUGAAGUGAUCGAUCACAAUGCUGUUAGAGCUCCUUACAACUACAUUAAUACCCUUCCUUCGAAAAAGAUCAGGGAGACCUUCAUCGACGCCCUCGACUCUUGGCUAGAAGUCCCAGCCGCAUCUUCAUCAUCCAUUAAAUCUAUUGUUGGCAUGCUCCAUCAUUCAUCUCUCAUGCUUGACGACAUCGAGGACAACUCAAUGCUGCGUAGGGGAAAUCCUACCGCUCAUACUUUGUUUGGCACAGCACAAACAAUAAACUCGGCCAACUACAUUUUUGUGUGUGCUUUUGAGGAACUCCAGCAGCUUCAGAGCCCAAACACUGUGGAGAUCUUUAUAGAGGAGUUGAAGAACCUACAUUGUGGACAGGCUCUGGACUUGCAUUGGAAAUAUCAUUCUCACGUGCCCACUGUCGAAGAGUACAUGACGAUGGUUGAUCAUAAGACGGGGGGUCUCUUUCGAUUGUGUGUUCGGCUGAUGCAAGGUGAAUCUAGCAGGAAGAGCGAACAUAUUGAUGCAGACCGAUUUGUCACAUUACUUGGGCGUUAUUUCCAAAUUCGCGAUGAUUACCAAAACCUCAUGUCAGACGAAUACGCUAGUCAAAAGGGGUUUUGCGAGGACCUGGAUGAGGGCAAGAUUUCCUUACCGCUCAUCCACUGUCUCACCGGCUCUGAUCCCGAACAGACUAUGAUCAAGGGCAUAUUACAGCACAAAGGCGUUGGAGAGAUGUCGAUGGGAUUGAAAAGGCUGAUCUUGGGGAAAAUGAGAAAAGGAGGAGCCCUCGACUUUACUUUCUCGCUGCUUCAGGACAUGCAAGAGGAUAUACUCAAAGAGUUGAAGUUGCUCGAAGCUGAAUUCGGGUCUGAGAACCCCAUCCUCGAAUUGGUGCUAAGAAGGCUAUGGGUGUAA